GUCUUCCUUCUCUGUUACCUCUCCCAUCCCCCUCCUCUCACCAUGAGUGCUUUCUCCUCUGAGAACAUCAGCGGGGCCUACGUGCCCUCCGCCCUCUUUGUCGCCGGUACCUACUUCUUCAAGAAGGAGUUGACUCCCUUCGCCUUCGCUCUGGCCGCCAUUCUGAUCAGCUACAAGCUUUUCAGCAACAAGACCAGAAAGGUACUCAACCCCGGCGAGUUUCAGGACUUUACCCUGCAGAAGAAGACCGACAUCUCCCACAAUGUGACCGUCUACCGCUUUGCUCUGCCCCGUCCCACCGAUAUCCUCGGUCUGCCCAUCGGUCAGCACAUCUCUCUCGCCGCCACCAUUGAGGGCCAACCUAAGGAGGUUGUGCGCUCCUACACCCCCAUCUCCUCCGACAACGAGGCCGGCUACUUCGACCUGCUCGUCAAGGCCUACCCCCAGGGUAACAUCUCCAAGUACUUGACCACCCUGCAGGUUGGCCAGACCAUGAAGGUCCGUGGCCCCAAGGGUGCCAUGGUUUACACCCCCAACCUGUGCCGUCACAUCGGCAUGAUUGCCGGUGGUACCGGUAUCACUCCCAUGCUCCAGAUCAUCAAGGCCAUUGUCCGCAACCGCCCCCGCAACGGCGGCAACGAUACCACUCAGGUUGACCUGAUCUUCGCCAACGUGAACCCCGAUGACAUCCUGCUUAAGGACGAACUGGAGCAGCUGGCCCAGGAGGACGAUGGAUUCCGCAUCUACUACGUGCUCAACAACCCUCCCGAGGGCUGGACCGGUGGUGUCGGCUUCGUGACCCCGGAUAUGAUCAAGGAACACCUCCCCGCCCCUGCCAGCGACAUCAAGGUUCUGCUCUGCGGCCCCCCUCCCAUGGUCAGCGCGAUGAAGAAGGCCACCGAGUCUCUCGGAUACACCAAGGCCCGCCCCGUCAGCAAGCUCGAGGACCAGAUCUUCUGCUUUUAAACAACUUCUUCGGUGAAUUGGGGGUGAGACGGAGGUGGCAUAGACUGCGCCUGUGUCAGGAUCGGGGUAAUUGAUAGAUUGUCGAUAGAAUGCCCACGGCAGGCCCAGUUGGUCACUGAGGCGUGAUGUACGGUAUCAUGAGUUAAUGCGAAAAGACCAGACCUUCAGGAGGAUACAUGCAAACAGACGCCAGAUGUACAGCAGCGCAUAUCAAUCGAUUAACGCGCAGCGCGCGGGUUCGACACUACUAUUACUAGAUAUUCAUCCAUGCAUUAAUUACGUCCAUCAAGCACUUCCGC